CCACUGGCUCCGGCACCGGCAACUUCUCCUAAAGCCUAAGUCUCCGAAACUGUAUCUUUCUUUAACCACACACCCUCCUCCCAUGGUAUCACUACUCUCUCAUUCCACAUCCAUUCACUUCACAUCUCAUCUUUUCUUCAACUCCCAACUCUGCCAGCAUGCACAUCCUUCUCAAUUCAAAUUUCGACCUCGCCGGACCAAUCUUUCUGUAAACUCACUCGAAAAGAACAGUUCUUUUUCCUCAAACACUCAAAACCAACCCCAAGAACCCCCAAGAACGUUGUUCCCAGGAGGGUUUAAGCGGCCCGAGAUCAAAGUACCCAAUAUUGUACUCCAAUUGAGUUCGGAAGAUGUACUAAGUGACAAGAGUGCUUUGGAUGUGAUUGACGGGGCGGUUAAGAAUCGAGUCGGGAUAGUGGUGCUCAAUGGUGGUGAAGGAAGUGGUGGGAAGUUGUACGAAGCUGCUUGUUUGUUGAAGUCGGUGAUUAGGGACCGGGCGUACUUGAUGAUUGCCGAGCGUGUUGAUAUUGCCGCCGCGGUUAAUGCCAGUGGGGUUGUGCUUUCCGAUCAAGGUCUCCCUGCCAUUGUGGCGAGGAAUGCAAUGAUGGACUCCAAAUCUGAAGCAAUAGUUCUUCCAUUAGUUGCAAGAGAUGUGCAGACUUUGAAUGCUGCUGUAAAUGCAUCUAAUUUUGAAGGUGCUGAUUUUCUUAUAUAUGGUAUUGAUGGAGAGAGGGAUCAUAAGGAACUGGUGAGCUCUGUAUUCGAGCAUGUGAAAAUUCCAAUUUUCAUCAUGAGCAACACGUGUGGAGUUGAGAAAUUGUUUAAUGAAGGAUCACAAUUACUCAAAUCAGGGGCUAGUGGUUUAGUUAUUUCAUUGGAAGAGUUGAAGUCCUUUGGUGAUGAUGAUCUGAGCAGAUUGUUUUACAGUAUUUAUGUACCAAAGGAGCCAAAACAUGAAAAAGUGCAAAGUUCUCAAAAAAUCUGGACAUUGGACACAGAUAAUGGAUUUCCAGGGAAAAAGAGGGUGGCCGGCUUUACUGAACUGGAGGAUAGAGAACAACAGAUCAUAGAAAAAGAGAGAUCGGUAUUGCUUGAAGCGAUAAAUGUCAUCCAGAGAGCUGCACCACUGAUGGAGGAAGUCUCACUUCUCAUUGAUGCUGUUUCUCAACUUGAUGAGCCAUUUUCACUGGUUAUAGUGAUGGAUGAUAGUACCCCAGGGAAAGGGGGAUUGGAUUUUCUUCAUGAUUGGACUCUCAGAAUAUGGAAAAAAAUUCCACUUGGUGAUGGGACAUCUGGAAAAUUGUUGUCUAUUAUGGGAACAUUGAAUCUUGUUCAAGAUUACUUUGUGAUUUAUGUUCCAUGCUUUUUGAGAAAAUUGCUUUUUAAGGGUGAAUUCAACUCUGGCAAAUCAACUGUGAUCAAUGCUCUUCUUGGCAAAAAGUACCUUAAAGAUGGGGUGGUUCCUACAACAAAUGAAAUAACUUUUUUACGCUAUUCUGAGUUGAAUCCCAAGGAGCAACAGUAUUGCGAAAGGCAUCCAGAUGGACAAUAUAUAUGCUACCUACCUGCUCAAAUUCUUAAAGAACAGAUGAUUAUUGUUGAUACACCUGGAACGAAUGUGAUUCUUCAGAGGCAACAACGUCUGACUGAGGAAUUUGUGCCUCGUGCAGAUUUGCUUCUUUUUGUAAUUUCUGCAGAUCGCCCAUUGACUGAAAGUGAGAAACUACUGGGUGAAUAUAUGACAUGGUUACAAUCAAAUAAUGCUCGUGAAGGAAGACUGUAUAAGGAAUUGUUUGAGAAAAGAUGGCCUUCAUUUAUUGAUCCACAAAAGCAGGCACAACUGGAGACUAGUGAGUUGCUGGGGAGAAAGUAUGAACUGAGCAUAAAAAUAAUAGAGAACUUCAGUGCUCCGGCUGCUUCCAAACUGUUUGAGCAAGAAAUUCGUGAAGUGUUCUUGGGAACUUUUGGUGGUCUAGGAGCAGCUGGUUUAUCUGCAUCACUUCUAACUUCUGUGCUACCAACAACCUUGGAAGAUCUUCUUGCUCUCGGUCUUUGUUCUGCUGGCGGGUAG